GCGGACGCGACAAUCCUGCGUCCGCGUAGCGCACCUUUUCGUGAUGGGAUGGAUAAAGCAAAAUGAGAGGCAUUUCCCCGCUUUCCCCAUGGCCUUGUGGAAAUGAGACUGCCGAGCUCAAUCUUUGCAUCUGUCUCUCUGUUCAUCGCCGAGACGAUGGCUGCCCUUUACCUCAGUACCACGUACCAAUCUGCAGGGGACCAGAUCUGGCAGACACUCACGCUCCUCUUCACGCUUGUGUCGUCGGCUCUAGUGCAGCUCACACUGAUCUUUAUCCACAGGGACCUGAUCAGGGACAGGCCGUUCGUGCUGCUGCUGCACAUCCUGCAGCUGGGACCUGUAGUAAGGUGCCUGGAGGCUUUCUGCAUCUAUGGGAGCGUGGGAAAGGUGGAGGAGCCGUACGUCAGCAUCACCAGGCUGAAGCGAAUGCCCCAAGGCGGCCCGGCUGAGGAGGUGGAGCGGCAGGUGGGGCAGGCAGAGGGUAAGCUGGUGGUCCACCGGGCUGCCUUCUCCAGAGCCUCCGUUGUCCAGGCCUUCCUAGGCUCUGCCCCCCAACUGACUCUGCAGCUGUACAUCUGCGUGUUACAGCGAAACGUGUCUGCCGGCAGAGGCGUGCUGAUGGUGAUCUCGCUCCUCUCCAUUGUGUACGGUGCCCUUUGCUGCAACAUCCUGGCCAUAAAGAUAAAGUACGAUGACUAUGAGGUUGAUGUGGGGCCCGCGGCCUACCUCUGCAUCUUCCUGUGGCGUGGUUUCGAGAUCGCAACGCGGGUCGCCGUGCUGGUGCUUUUCAGCUCGGUGCUGCGGUCCUGGGUGGUGCCGGUGGUGCUCGCCAACUUCCUGGCCUUCUCCUCCUACCCCUGGCUGCUGUUCUGGAGAAGCCAAAGUCCCUUCCCAGAAAACAUCGAGAAGACCUUGACGCGGGUUGGGACUACCAUGGUGCUGGGCCUCCUCACCUUCCUCUACGCUGGCAUCAACAUGUUCUGCUGGUCGGCGUUUCAGCUACAGUUGAGCGACCCAGACCUGAUCAGCAAGUCACAGAACCGGUUCCGCAUGGCAGCGUAUUAUGUGAUCCGCUUUUUAGAGAACGCCGCCUUGCUCCUGCUGUGGUAUGGCUUCCGCACAGAUGUGUACCGCCUGGUGUGUGCACCACUGCUUCUACUGCAUCUGCUGGCUGGCUAUGCCGUGGCCAUCUUCUUCAUGCUGAUCUUCUACCGGUUCUGCCACCCUUGCAAGAAGCUCUUAGCCUCCAGCGAUUUCCGGGGCAUUCUGGGAUUCGCCCCCUUCCUCUGCCCACCUUGGGAACCCCGCCUACGUGACGAAUCCGCAGAGAGCCAUCUUGGCUCUUCGGAAAAGGACGUUAUGCAUGACUCUGCGACGUCAGCCACCUCCUUGAGUCCUGUAAUCUUUGAGAAAUUGAUGAGGUCUCCAGCGCCCCCUAGAGGAACUCUAAUCCGCUUGAUGGCCUAAUGUGGAGAAAGGGCUUUAUGGUUCCCUAGGACCGGCUGCUUUUAUGUGACACUUUCUGGUCUUUGUGGGCUUGUGGCCUCGUCGGCCUGGAAGGCGCUUGGUGCUUGCAUGCACUCUAUGAGAGACAGGCAGUUGGCCUCUAUAUUCUGGUAGGCAGGGCAGUCAGAGGUGGCACUAAUGUACCUAACAUUAGGUGGGAAGAGUCAGAAAGUGUUGCCUCACACCUCUGGGACCAGGGUUCGAGUCUCUGCCAUGACCUCAUGUGUGUGGAGUUUGCAUGCUCUCCUCGUGUCGUCCAGGGCUUUUCUUCAGGUACUCUGGUUUCCCCCCACAGUC